CGUUUGAGUAUUAUGGGCUAUCGAGGAUUAUUCAGGCUGAGGCGAGAAAAAUAGCUGCGAGGUUGAAGUAAACAUGGAGCUCUCAGCCGUCGGUGAGCGGGUCUUCGCCGCCGAAUCCAUCAUUAAACGGCGCAUAAGGAGGGGCCGGAUGGAGUAUCUGGUCAAAUGGAAAGGCUGGUCUCAAAAAUACAGCACCUGGGAACCAGAGGAGAAUAUUUUGGAUGAGCGUCUUUUCGCUGCUUUUGAAGAAAGAGAGCGUGAAAGGGAGAUGUUUGGGCCAAAAAAGAGGGGACCCAAACCAGAAACAUUUUUAAUGAAGGCAAAAGCUAAAGAAAAAGGAAAAAACUAUGAGUUCAGACGAGAGAUGUCUCGAGGAAUACAAGUGUCUUUCCCGGUAGCAGAACCGGUUGUGACUCCCAGAGCCCGUGAGGGAUUGCGAACGGUUGUGCCAACUAUUUUCCCACCGAGCACCGUCAACAGAGGCGAAAGUGUUCGUGUGCAUUCACCAGAACCUGAGAGAGACCCACUGACGCACGGGACGCCAUUUCACCGCCCGCUGGAUUUUGCCAGCUCACCAAAAAAGCGAGGACCAAAGCCAAAGUUGCGUCCAACUGGAGGUUCAUCCAAUGAGGGCGUUAAAAGAAAGGCAGACGAAUCGCUAUCUUAUCAGCCUUCAAAAACCGAGAGAUCAGGAGCGACCUCUAACUGUGAUGCCAUCCGUUUAACCCAGAAGUUCCCAGCAGAAUCCAGCCUCGUUCAGAAGCAGAUGGGAAGCAGGUCGAGUGAUGUAAAAUUUACACAUGGUGGGACCAUCUUAAAAGCUGGGCUUGGUGUUUUGGGACAUCGACAAAAGGAAAGCUCAAGUGGUGCCAUAAACCAACAACCCAAGAUGAAGCAUCCUCCCAAAAACAAUGUAUUUGAAUCCACCGAUCAAACCAGAGAGCAACUGUCUCUGAGUUUUGUAGAUGAAACAGACCAGUCCUGGUUGCCUUGUCUGAAGAAUAUGGAGAAAAUUGUUGUUACUGACGUAACAAGUAACUCCUUGACUGUAACCAUAAAAGAGAGUUCAACGGACAAAGGUUUCUUCAAAGAAAACAGAUGAUGUGAUUUUAGUGUAUGUGUGUAUGUAUGAAAUAUUGUAAUCAACCUAGAAACGACCCACAUUUCUAUAUCAUUUGUAGUCUAUAAAUGUAAAGUCUUGAAAUCAUGUACAUAAUGCAAAAAACAAACAAACAAACAAAAAAACAAUAUAUAUAGAGAGAGUCUAUCUUUAGCCUACAUUUCCAUUGACAUUUUCUAUGAAAAUGCUUAAGCUUAUUUUUCUAUUUCCUAAAUUUGAUGUAAGGUACACCAGUUUAUUUCUUUUUUGGUUGCCUUCUUCAGCUUUAUUAUGAAUUUAGGCAUAGACGCUUUUAACAUAUUAACGUUUCAACUUAAUGCACCUUUUUAAGGGACGCGUGGUUUAGUCCCUCUUUUAUGAACUUGGUAUUAUUUUCUGGUUAGGUUUUGUAUAUAUUUUAAGGUCCAAAAAGUAAAGCACACCAUUUAAAAAAGAGAGAAGGGAAAUAAGCUAUAAAUUAAGCAAAUUUAGGCCUAAAUAUUUAAGACACAAUAAUUCAGACUUUAGAAUCGUAUUUCGUUGUUUUUCUGUUGAAUAUAUAAUUGACGUGGCUGUUCUGUGUCUUUAUAUUUCAUUAUAAUGCUGUUUUUAGGCCCCUCAGAAACGAAAGAUUGUUUGAUUGGUACAAAUCAUUUCUUAACUGCUCUAGUAAGCUCACAGCCUGGUUUAAGUGGUGAAAUUAAAAAUAAAUAUGUAUUACAAUUAUAUGGUGUAAACUUGUUUAACGGUUUAGUUCAGCCUUUUUGCAGAGAGGACAAUGUGUAUCGGAGCUCAAACUCGAAAAUAAAAAUGUAAUUUAGCUGUGUCUAGAGCCUCUUCCAUUAUUGAUUUUUAACAUUUCUCGCGCACAGUUAUCCGUGUAGUCCGUUUUUAUCUUGCCUUUUAUUAAUUUAAUUAACUAACACAUAUUGUUAUAAAAACGGAAAGCUCUUUACGUUGGGGUUUUCGUUACAUCCGUGUUUGUAAAGAAAAUAGUGAACAAAUAAAUAGCUUAAACAGCAGUCGGCCUAUCACGACAUGAUUAGAUCAUAUAUUUACCGAAAGCCUCGUGCGCUUUUAAUAACUUUCAAAAACAUGAAACGUUGGGUGUGAAAAAAAAAAAAACACUGGCGACUAGUCAACACUUUUGUUCAUUCGUCGUAAGCUUACAUUACCUAUUCUGAAACUCCGUGUCAGCCUUAUUUCAAUCAGGCUAUAUUAUAAUUGAUGUUAUCAUAAACAAUACUAGUUUAGCCUAUCUGUUUUAUUUAAGGGAUUUAUUAUUAAGAAUAAAAUGUCACCGCGCUGCCGCACGAGUGUCGCGUUAACGAAAGAAAAG